GGUUUAUUUAUUAAAAUUUAAAGGCAGUAAACUGAAAAUUCAGGUGUUUUAGAAGUUUUUUCCAGAGGCGAAAAAACUCUGGAAGGGCCUGGGUUUUGUUCCAGCUGGGCUCACGCAUACACAGUUGGUCUGAAUUUUGUUUUAAUGAACUGCAGACCUGUUCUACUUCUAACCACGCUCCAAGGUGCUUUCUGUGUAACUUUAAUGAAGUGAGUGUUUUGAGUGAUCAGGUCUGUAAAAGACCCAAUGAAACAUGGUACUGCUGUGUAAGUAUCAUUAAGUGAAUUUUUUGGGCUGCUCGGGUUGGAACUAAAACCAGCCGACUCUAGGCCCUCCAAGAACUGAGCUUCAGACCCCUCGAUUAAAACCGUUCAAAAGCAUUUCCCAGAUAGAAAGUCUUCUGAAACUGUCUGUGCACACUGCUGUCCUUGUUAUCCAAACAUUGUCGCCCCUGGCAGAGGUGACCUUGCCUCGAUUGUGCAUUUUGAAAACGGAGAAGAAGAAUAAAGUCUGAGACUCUGUCCCAGCAACACGAGGUGGGGUGCUGAAGUUAUUUUGAUUCUGAUGAGGAAGUUCUUGGAGAAGGGGAGCGGCACGGUGGCCCAGGGCCACAGCAUCCCUGCCUUUUAUAACUGGAGCCCCAAGUUCGAUUCCAGACCCGGGAGUGUGUAUCUGUGUGGAGUCUGUAUGUUCUCCCGGUGUUCGUGUGGGUUUCCUCCCACAGUCCCAGCACACACUAGUAGGUUCAAACUGGCCCUGGUGCAAGUGCGUGUCUGGCUGUGCGUGCCUUCGAGAUGGACUGGCAUCCCGUCUGGGGGUGUCCUGCCCCCUGCGGCCGUCGUUUGAUGGGGAAGGGUUGCGGGGAGCCAGGGACUGAGUAGGAUGGAGGUAGAAAAAUAAUAAGCUUAGAAUAGCAGUAAGCCAGUGAGGGACAUUUUACAUGCAUGUGUUUCUUGGGAAGAGGGGAACAGAUCAUUUAGUAACUGCAUUGUUUAUGUGAAAACAUUGAAGCCCCACUUGUUUAAUGUCAGACAGUGUGUUGGGGAGCAGAGAAUGGUUCUUAUACAGAUUUUUAUCCAAUGAAAACUCUGCAGAGUGAGUCAUUCUGUAGGAGAUUUUUUAAUUAUUAUAGACAGGUUUGACAGGGUGAUAUCGUUCUCCUGCAGCCUUGCAGCUCUAGUGCCCCACCUCUUCUUUGGAAAACUCGUUUUUCUGUCAUUGAUCCUGCAUGCAAAGUGCCUGCGCAGAGCUUGUUGGUUUUUCUUGAGGGAGUGGUGCCUUUCUCAGCGAGCCUGCCUGUGCAGACUAGUGCCAUUCCUGGAUCACUCUGAGGAGAACCAGCAACAUCUUUAUAUGAUCUCAAAGCAAAUGGAGGGGGGAGGACUUGAAUAACUCGGCAAUAAGAAAAAAUGAACGAGGAGUGUCUCGUUCAUUGAUGCAGUCUGCCUAAUUGAGGGAACAGCCAUUAAGCUCUGACCUGGUAAUUCAGGGGGAUACAGAUGAUACUGCGGGUUGACAGAAAGCUGCAAACAUUCCGUGCUGCAAGGAUAACCCCACGAUGUCUUCCGAUGGGGAUCUGAGGGAUAUAGGCAGCAGUGAGAGCUUCUGGGAGCCAGGGAAUUAUAAAAGGACAGUCAAGCGGAUCGAUGACGGCCACAAGCUGUGCAACGAGCUGGUCAGCUGCUUUCAGGAGCGAGCGAAAAUUGAGAAGGCGUAUGCUCAGCAGCUCACAGACUGGUCCAGGAAGUGGAGGACUGUGGUAGAGAAAGGGCCUCAGUAUGGCACCCUGGAGAAGGCCUGGCACGCCUUCAUGAACGCAGCUGACCGGCUGAGCGAGAUCCACAUGGAACUGAGGACCCAGCUGGCGGUGGAGGACAGCGAGAAGGUGCGCAAUUGGCAGAAGGACGCCUUCCACAAGCAGAUGAUUGGGGGCUUCAAGGAGACCAAGGAGGCCGAGGACGGGUUCCGCAAAGCCCAAAAGCCCUGGGUCAAGAAACUAAAGGAAGUGGAGACGGCCAAGAAGAGCUACCAUCAGGCGCGGAAGGAGGAGCGCACCGCGGUGACGCGGGAGACGCACGCCAAGGCCGACCCCUCCGUCUCGCAGGAGCAGGUCCGCAAGCUGCAGGACCGCGUGGAGAAGUGCAGCCAGGAGGCUGAGAAGGCCAAGGACCGUUAUGAGAAAGCCCUGGAGGAACUGAACAGGUGCAACCCCCGCUACAUGGAGGACAUGGAGCAGGUCUUCGAGAUCACCCAGGAGGCCGAGAAGAAGCGACUGCGCUUCUUCAAGGACAUCCUGCUUGACAUCCACAAGCACCUCGACCUCUCCACCAUGGAAAGCGUUCGAGCCCUCUAUCGUGAUCUGGGCCAGACGGUUCUGGCAGCGAACGAUCUGGAGGAUUUGAGGUGGUGGCGAAACACCCAUGGCCCAGGGAUGAUCAUGAACUGGCCACAAUUUGAGGAGUGGUCGCCUGAGGCCACCCGGUCCAUAAGUCGCAAGGAACGGAACAGCAGGGCUGAGGACGUGGUAACUCUUACCAACAUUGUACCUGCUGGGGAGGAGGUGGCUCACACUCCACAGGAGCUUCACAGGUCAAACAGAGAGGAUGAUGACUAUGAGAGCAUUAAUGAUCUACCUGAGCCAACAAGUGGCAAAGAUUACUCCUCAGACUGGUCGGAUGAAGAAAGCCCUAAGAAAUUCAUUGCUGCUAAUGGUGUGGAGGAGGAUAUGAAGGUACCAGGAGUGCGAGUAAAAGCAUUGUAUGAUUACACGGGGCAGGAGUCAGAUGAGCUGAGCUUUAAAGCAGGAGAAGAGUUAAUGAAGAUGGGGGAAGAGGAUGAACAGGGCUGGUGUAAAGGCCAGCUGGACAAUGGACAAAUCGGACUGUAUCCUGCAAACUACGUUGAGGUCAUUGGGUCGUGAUGACCAUUUCCUGGAUGUCUGCAGCCAUUUUAAGUGGAGGCCCACGAGAGAGAACACCUGACUCUGUUGCGUCGGAUUGCAUUCCUGGUCCCAGCCCUGAUGCUAGGUGCAGGCCAUGUGCUUGACGGGGAGGCGCUGUGCGUUUUCUGCGGCUCCAUGAUGAAUUCUAAGCAAGAUAUCGUGUUUUUAUUUUUUAUAUAUGUAUAAAAUGAGACUUAUGACAAGGUGGAAACGGCAUCUGAGUCAGGGAGGGUGGUGAUCCUUACUAGAGAAGCGCCGAGAAUAGUGCCUUUGAAAGAUCCCAGUGAAGCCAGUACUUGUAGACAUCCACUGCAGUGAAUUUUCCAUUCAACGUUUGUGGAUUGCAGCUGGCACUUUCAAGGUUAGUAAGCUUAGACACAGCCUUGGGCAUACAACAUCGCAGAUAACAACAGAGCUAUCGGAUCAUUCAUAACCAGAAAUCCAAUGCACAAUACAUUGUUAGAGAUUGCAGCCUGAUAUUAUUGGAAUGUGAAAAAGUCAGAUCUCUAGGCCGCUGAAAUCUGUGCCAUAGGUUUAGAGAUCAUGGGUUAACUAAAAGCAAUAUUUGCAUAUCAGAGAUGCCAGUAUUCAUUCCCUGAAUGUCAACAGCAAAUUUGGACAGGGGGAGAUGGUUAAAUCUGUCCAUUAAAAUUUAGGUAUUAAUAGAGCCUUUUUAUGCUAACAAAUUUUAUAGUGAUUUAGAUUUACUUACAAGAGAAACUGACUGGUGUGUUUUUCUUUAGACGCUGGUGAAAAGUUUAACCUUGGAUUAGAAGUAAGAGAUUAGCUACAAACCACCCAGCUGUUCUCUUGGUGUGUUUACAGAGCUCUCUGUGCAUUUCUUAUUUGAGUGUGCACCCAAGGGUUUUUGUGUUGUUUUUAUAGAGAUUCCAAUUUAAUCAUUUUACAUGCGCUGAGGGUUAAUUCCCAUGUAGUCUGGAACGGUUUCAAAGGGAUUCAUUAUUUAACUCUAAGCGGGCCAUUCUGUGUAAGUGCAACUCUCCAGCCUGCAAUUUCCUCCAGCCCUUUUAGAAACAUUGAUAAGAAGAGCUUGUAACAAGUUUCUAUUUUUGGGCCUGACCUACCAAUAUAAAUGAAACCUUAUUGGGAGGGAGGAGACAAAGAUUUCUUAGUUGUUUGAUUUAUGCUUUUUUAUCGUUUCCUUCCAUUCUUCUUUUUAAUUUAUUUUUUGUUACUCUUAAAAAACAAAAAAAGCUUAAAAAAAUUAACUCAUCCAGUUGGACAGAGACUAAAACCUGACCAAAGUAGGGAUGUUUUAGGUAUGUAAAUUGCAGGACUUAGCCCACUAAUGCAGGUUUAAGUUAUUAUUGAAGGAGAGGAAGGACCACCAUUCAUGCUGGAGUACAAGGGACUCUGGGUAAGUUGCUGCACAGAUCUGUACUUCUGCAUCAUCCUGCUGUAAACCCGACUUCACAACACUGCUGUAACCUUCUUUGAUCUAAUCUAUGUACAAAUCUUAAAUAAACAAAUUACAAUUAAGAUGGUG